AUGUCACUGCUCAACCUCCCCCUUGACGUGCUGUACGAGAUAGCUUCUCACGUUGAUUCUGACCGCGAUCUGAAUGCUCUGGUUCAAACCUGCUCCCCUCUCUACACGGUCUUCAACUUCGAACUUUACCGACGCGACGCGAAACGAGGACGGAAUCGAGCAUUGUUCUGGGCCGUCCAGGGUAAUCGAACUGGCACACUCUGGAAAUCUCUCGACACAGGCGCAUCAGCACCAUGGCCAACGCUGUUUAGCAUGGCCGCCGAGCACGACUCGGUGCUUGCGAUGAAGGUACUUCUUUUGCAGGAUGGUGCCGAUACCAACGCUGUGGAACACACUGAAGGCAUUCCGCUUUUGGUGACCGCUGUGGUCAAUCGUUCACCCAAAGUAGUGCGCUUCCUUUUGACCAGAGAUGGGGUUGAUCCGAACGUCAAGAACCAUGAUGGACAAACACCUCUCGCAUACGCUGCGUGCGAGUGCUUCAACGAUAUUGUUAAGAUUCUGCUGAAGUGUCCCCAGGUGGAUGUCAAUUGCACUGAUAACGCCGGAUGCACGCCGCUUCGUUUAGCAGCGGGAAGGAGCCAUGUGUUCGUUGUCCGAACACUCCUCUCGAAUCCCUGGGUCGAUGUCAGUGUGAGGGAUAAUAUCCUUCACAUGACGGCUCUCUCAGCUGCAGUGGCGGCUCUUGCUAACCGAAUUGCCUGGAGCCCCGAGAAGGUCAAAUUGAAGCAUCGGCGGACAAUACAAGCACUCCUGGAGCACCCGGCCACCUCGGUGAACUAUGACAUGGACCCAGAUCUCCUGCCGCUGUAUCGGUUCAGCGCUCAGUACGGAUACGAAGAGAUUUUUAAGUUGCUUUGGUCGAAAGGGGCGGGACAGCUCCCGGCAGAACUGGAUCGUUCCGGGAUAUUAUUCUUCGUUGCAGAACACGGCCAAGCCGGGAUCAUGAAGAUGUUGUUUGCGAAUGGUUUCGAGCCGGAAGCACAGACUGAUACGGGCCGCACGACGCUCUCGAUUGCCGCCGAACACAAGCAGCUCGAGGUCAUCUGUCUGCUUCUCUCGACGGGAAAGGUCGACGUGAAUUCCAAGGAUCAAGCUGGUCGCACGCCGCUGUGGUGGGCCAUGACCCAUGGGUGGAGGAAGACUGGGACGGAUGAGACUCUGAAGCUGCUCAUCGCCCAUGACGCUACAAUUCCGACCAUCGAAAGAAGGAAGUGGCUUCAAAAGUCACUGUGCAACGCUCUUGAGUAUGGCAACUGUUUUCUAUCGGAAAUUCUUCUUGACCAAAGUCAGCCCAUCAGCAGCAACCAAAGACAAACGCUGCUCUCCGCCGUCGCCAAAUCUGCAGACGUUUCGCUGGCGAAGACAGUACUCGAAAGGGCACAAAUUGACCCCAACGAUAGGGAUUCCGACGGUCUAACCGUACUGGACCGGGCCGUUCUCAAUGGUGACAUCGCCCUUAUGGAUCUGCUAUUAGUCCUCGAUGGAAUCGAUCUAAACUCCAGAAACUCGAACGGUGACACUGCGCUAGCAAUUGCGAUGAACGAGGUCAUCGACUCUUUAACCAUCUCUCUGGGGUUAAAGGACAGGCGACCCUUUGAGACAUGCAUGGAACGAUUUCUCCGCCACAAGGAUGUUACCACAGGAACCCUGGAUGAAUAUUGGCUAAUCGGCUUUAUUGUUGGUUACAUCGACGUUAUAGAUCAACAACUAAUGAAGCUUCUCAUUCUCAAGGAUGACCGACUCACCACAGAUACCAUAGUCCGCGAAGACUACGCAGAAACACUACUCGACUGGGCUCAACAGAACCACCACAGGAUCAUUGUUCGAGCGCUUCGAGAUAAGGAAAAGCGAAUGCGGAUGACGAUCUGA